AUGACCCUCUGGCCUGCAACCCCGACGGACGACGAUUCUCUUGACCGACAUGGUGCGAUCCGCGAAUACCGACACAUCCUCCUCCAACCACCACAUCCUCGACCACCACCUCAGCCUGGCCUAACGAGUCUGAGCAACCCGCCCACCACUCUCACGUUCUCCACUGUUUCGACCUUCGACCAUCACCAACUCCGACUCCUCUGCGCCAAGUUUGCCAUGCUGCUCCUUCAUCAGGUCGGCAGCGUCAAGCUCGGCGAGGUUGUCCGCUACACUGUCACAUACACCCCUUCUCAGGAUCGUAUUCUUCCCUCACCGGAGAAGCUCCACGUCCGCAUUCGCAACACGUCUGCUAUCGCGCUUCGUGCCGCUUUCGUCCAUGGGCCCUACAACCUUUGCGUCGCCGCCUACCCUGCUGCCUUCAACCCCAACGUCAAGUUCCAGAACCCCCGCCGCUAUGGCGUGCCCGAAUUUGAACCCAUGGUCAAGGCUGGCGGCUCCUGGCAGUGCGAGUUGGUCGUCCCCGAACAUAUCCGCCAGAGCGCUGGCACCGGCUCGCAUGGCCACUUUGGUGCCGGUCCCGAUCACGAGGCCGAGAGCGCGUCUUGGAUCAUCGAGGUCUCCUCCCAGGUCAUCUUUUCCACCUCCGCCUCCGUAGGCUACGAAGUUGUCCUCGCCCGCGACGAGAAGUCCCUGAACCUGAACUCCCUGCCCGUCAUCGGCGGCCAGGCCAAGGCACCCCAGCCCGGUAAAGUCAGCGACCUCGUGCAUCACGAUCACACCAAGAACAGCCACCGCAGCGGCCCCCCCAAGGGCGUCUUCUCCAGGGCUAUAACGCUCAAGGUCGAAGACACGGCUACACUCUGGAACACCCCGAGGCUACCUGGUUGGGAUAAUGGCUCCAAAAUCCUCGAGCGCGGCAAGAUGCGGGCCCCGAAGGAAGAGGCUGCCGUAGCGGCAGCGGCCGCCAGCAGCGCCACCGCCACCGCAAAUCACAAGAAUACUGCGUCGCGAGUUGCUACCUCCGAACCACCGCACAGCCCAUCCUCGAGCGCGAAGCUUCAUGAGAAGCCUAAGAGUAUUCGACGCACGGUACGACAGCAAGUCGACGCAGCGAGGCUGCGAAACAGAGGAGCUGCAGGCAGCGCGCAGCAAAAGCGGUUCCGCGAACGAGGCCAGGGUUCCGAUGCGCCGGAGACUGCGCGGUACAGACACGACGACGAAGCUGAGGAAGAUGAGGAAGACGAAGAGGUCAUCGUCCGCGGAUUCUCCGGCAAUGCGACUCGUACUGAGAGGGGCAUCAAGUUCUUGGGAAAGAGACUGGCUAGAUACAUCCUCUCGACCUGCUAUCCUGAUCAGCCCUUCCUGCCAUCUUUCAAGGGGGCCGCCGAAGUAGCUGCCAACAACAUCAAGCCAGAUCAUGAGGGCAAGACGGCACAUAAGCACAGCUCGAUUCACAAGGAAGAGAUCCCACUCGCAGCACGGCCUUUUAAGAUCACCAGCAUCAGCUUCAUCGGGCACUCCCUCGGUGGCCUCAUCCAGACAUAUGCCGUAGCAUACGUUCAGAAGCACUCGCCCCAAUUCUUCGACCUCAUCAAGCCCAUCAACUUUGUCACGCUCGCCACGCCCUUCCUGGGUCUCAGCAACGAAAACCCUCUUUACGUCAAGUUCGCACUCGACUUUGGCCUCGUCGGCAGAACAGGACAAGACCUGGGCCUCACUUGGCGGGCGCCGACCAUCGCAAGGAGCGGUUGGGGUGCCAUUGUCAGCAAUCUCGGUGAGAGCGCGCACAAAAAGGUCAUAGGAGAGAGCCGUCCCGAGUCGAAGCCAUUGCUGCGCAUCCUACCUACAGGCCCCGCCCACACGGCGCUGAAGAAGUUCCGCAACCGGACUGUCUAUUCCAAUGUGGUCAACGAUGGCAUCGUCCCUCUGAGAACAAGCUGCCUGUUGUUCCUCGACUGGCAAGGUCUAGGGCGUGUUGAGAAGGCGCGGCGCGACGCAGGUCUGGUUGAGACGUUGGUGGGCGCCGGCUGGGCUGAGCUUACCGGGGCCAACGUGGGCAGCACGCGCCGCGAGGCGCGGCAGCUGCCUCCUGAAGACAACGAUGAGGGAUCUGGGACGGCCACCCCCACCGCACCACAGAAUGCGGCUGAGGUUCCCCAGCCUGGUCAGAAUGCCAUCGUCGAAGAUGACACGCUAGCUUGCGAUCAGUACCGACGCCUUACCAGGACGAUGCCGAGACCACGGCGCCCAAAUCUUCCGAAUCGUCUAACAAUGGCAGUGAACAAGAUUUACAGGCGGAGCCAGACAAUCAAGUUUGAUGAUUCCUCCACAACGUCUCAGUCGUCUGGGGCGUCCAAGGUGACGUCCGGGCAGGAGUUUGAGAACGACACAGAUGGGAUGAACGCCCCGCCCCGGACCACUUUCUUCGAGUCAGCUCACGACCUUAUCAACCCCACGCUGCCAUCCACAGAAUUUGUGGUCGACCCCUCCAAACGACCUCGCGCCAUCUUUCACGACCGCGUUUACCACCCUUCCGAUAUCCCGCCACCCCCUCUCAAGAAAAAGAAUUCGUCGGGUUCUCUCGUCAUCCGUAGGCGCAACACGGGCCACUCGACCGCAAGCACCGACACAAAAGACCACGCCCCUUCGGUCGCCUCUUCGCUAGGAUCCUCCCCGCGCACUCCCAGCCAAGGCGUAGGCCGCGAGGAUUCGCUUCAGUCUACCAAGGACUAUGAUGACACGACCAACACGAACCCCAAUAAAGAUGAAGACCAAGAGAUCGAUGGAUCGCAGAUGCGUGUUGAAGAGAAGAUCGCCCGGGCCUACCACCGCGGCAUGGCCUGGCGCAAGGUUCUUGUCAAGCUCGAGCCCGAUGCUCAUAACAACAUUAUUGUGCGGCGCAUGUUCGCCAAUGCCUUUGGGUGGCCCGUUGUCAAGCACCUAGUCGACGCGCACUUCAGCGACUCGGCAACGGUGCGCAUGCGUGUUGAUGAGGAGGGAGGCGAGGAGCGUGCCUUUGACAUGGGACAACCCCCAGACCAAUACGGCGGCGAGGUCAAGCGGAGCAAUGGAAACGACGGCGCUGGCGGCACAAGCACUCACGAAAAGCCACCGCACGAAGAGACGAGCGCUCAGCGGACAGCGCGGAAAGAACAAGAAGGGCGAGAGGGGGAGAACCUGGCACGCGAGGCUGAAGAUAAGGUCACCGCAUUGCCUCGCAAGCCGGAGGCUUCGUCGCCUGUCGCAUCCACUGCAGAAGAGGCGUAUGCUCCAAAGCAGCGAGUGUCCCGAGCCGACUCGAUGACGUGGAGCGACGGCGACUGGGCCGACACAGAUGGUGAUAGCGAUGUGGGAACCGAGGCCGGCGGCCGCAGCCCGCGGCCCAUGACGCCCGACGGAAAGGGGAAGGAUGUGCACGGCAGCUGGAACUGGACGGAGAAGAUUGUUGGCAAGGGACCUGCAACCCGCUCGGUCUCAGGGCAGCAGCAGCAGCAGCACCUUCAGCCUUCUGCGCAGCCGCCACCGCUGCAUAUUCCAGCAGGGGGGAAGCCGGUUGAGGAGAUGACGCCGCAGGAGAUGACGCCGCAGGAGGUGAAGCCACAGGAGGGGAAGCCACAGGAGGGGAAGCCACAGGAGGUGAAGUCGCAAGAGACGAGGUCAGAAGAGGCGAGGUCGCAAGAGUAA